GUAUAUAGGCUCUUGCACAGUAUAUACACACAGAGAAUAUUUCUUAUUUUGAAUACCUACCUUUCAUAAAGAUCGGACUAUAAGCACCGAGGUGAAAACAAGGGAGUAUUUUCCCAUGCAUAGUGGGGCAAAGGGAGGAAAAACUGUCACCUGUGGAGAGUUGAGGGUAUGUGCUAGUCGGCUACUCCCGUUUAACAUAACAGAAUUGUGUCACAAGUCUUAUGCGGAGUUGGGAACUGUCGAGUUUGGGUGUUGCCCGGACAACGGAGGCACUGAGAUUGAUUGGAAUCGUCAUCGAACAAACAAACAAACUUGCACAGUGCCUGGCAGAAGGGAUCCAGAUGGGACGACAAGUCCAGUCGACUGGUUAGUUGGUUAGCUGGCGGGAUGAAGUUUCUGCUGAAAAAAUGUUUGCGCAAGAAGGCGCCCGAAAUGAAGCCAGGCGCCAUACUGGACGCGGUCAUCUCGCAGUCGUCGGCAACGGCGUGCAGGUGUCUGCUCUACAAGCUGGCCGACUACAAGCGCGGUGGGGAUCUGAUCGAUGCGAUCAAUACGGGCGGUCUGAUUGCCGUCGAGCAGCUGAUCCGGGAGCAGUUCGGCGUGUUCAUGUAUAACGAUGGCAAGGGCCAGAUGAUCAAUCGGGCCGAGUUUCUGCGCUGGAAAUAUCGCGAUCACACCGAGGUGACCAUACCGAUAGAGGCAUCGCUCUCCAUACACGAUCCGCUUGGCAAGUGGGAGGAUCACAAGGCCUGCUGGCAGAUGCAGUACCGCGGCGCACUCGGCGAGAGUCUGCUCCAUGUGCUGAUCAUCUGCGAUUCGAAGAUACACACCAAGCUGGCGCGCGUACUGCUGCGCGUCUAUCCCAAUCUGGCGCUGGACGUGAUGGAGGGCGAGGAGUAUCUGGGCGCCAGUGCGCUCCAUCUGUCCAUUGCGUACAGCAACAACGAGCUGGUCGCCGAUCUGAUCGAGGCGGGCGCCGAUAUCAAUCAGCGCGCGAUCGGCAGCUUCUUUCUGCCGCGCGAUCAGCAGCGCUCGAAUCCGGCCAAGAGCACGGACUACGAGGGCUUGGCCUACAUGGGCGAGUAUCCGCUGGCCUGGGCCGCCUGCUGUGCCAACGAGAGCGUCUACAAUUUGCUCGUCGAUUGCGGCGCCGAUCCGGAUGCCCAGGACUCUUUCGGCAACAUGAUACUGCACAUGGUGGUCGUGUGCGACAAGCUGGACAUGUUCGGCUAUGCGUUGCGGCAUCCCAAGACGCCGGCCAAGAAUGGCAUUGCCAACCAGACGGGUCUCACCCCGCUCACGCUCGCCUGCAAGCUGGGCCGUGCCGAGGUCUUUCGCGAAAUGCUGGAGCUAUCCGCCCGCGAGUUCUGGCGCUACAGCAACAUCACCUGCUCCGGCUAUCCACUCAACGCGCUGGACACCCUGCUGCCCGACGGACGCACCAACUGGAACUCGGCGCUGUUCAUAAUCUUGAAUGGCACUAAGCCGGAGCAUCUGGACAUGUUGGAUGGCGGCAUUAUACAGCGCCUGCUCGAGGAGAAAUGGAAGACCUUUGCACAGAACCAGUUCCUGAAGCGUCUGCUCAUCUUAUCCACGCACCUGCUGUGCCUCUCCGUAUCCGUUUACCUGCGACCCGCACACGAUGGCGACGAGCUGGACGAUGGCGACACUGGCGAUGCGUCCGCGACAGCGGCCCAGCUGACCGAACUGGAUGGACAUGGGAAUGGUAAGGAGCAGGGCGAGGAUUACAAUGCCCAAACUGUGGCGCGCUAUUGCGCCGAGCUGGCGACCAUAGCAGGCGUCCUGAGCUAUGUGAUCUUUCAGCAGGGUGACGAGAUCAAGAACCAGGGCUUAUCCGCAUUCCUCAAGCAGCUGUCACAUGCGCCGGCCAAGGCAAUUUUCUUGUUCUCCAAUCUACUCAUCCUGGCGUGCAUACCAUUUCGUCUGAUUGGCGACACCGACACCGAGGAGGCCAUCCUGAUCUUUGCUGUGCCCGGCAGCUGGUUUCUGCUCAUGUUCUUUGCCGGAGCCAUACGUCUGACGGGUCCCUUUGUAACCAUGAUAUACUCGAUGAUAACCGGCGACAUGUUCACCUUUGGCAUCAUUUACUCCAUUGUGUUGUGCGGCUUCUCGCAGGCAUUUUAUUUCCUCUACAAGGGACAUCCGCAGGUGCAGACGACCAUGUUUAAUACCUAUACCAGCACCUGGAUGGCCCUUUUCCAGACCACGCUGGGCGACUACAAUUAUCCCGAUCUGAACCAGACAACGUAUCCGAAUCUAUCGAAAACCGUGUUUGUCAUAUUCAUGAUAUUCGUGCCGAUCUUGCUGCUCAACAUGUUGAUUGCCAUGAUGGGUAAUACCUAUGUGACCGUCAUCGAGCAGUCUGAGAAGGAGUGGAUGAAGCAGUGGGCCAAGAUUGUUGUGACAUUGGAGCGAGCCGUGCCGCAGGCGGAUGCCAAGGGCUAUCUGGAGGCGUACUCGAUACCGCUGGGUCCCGCCGACGAUACGGGCUUCGAGGUGCGCGGCGUCAUGGUCAUCAAGAGCAAGAGCAAGACGCGCGCCAAGCAGCGCAAGGGUGCCGUCUCCAACUGGAAGCGUGUGGGACGGGUCACGUUGACGGCACUCAAGAAGCGCGGCAUGACUGGGGAGGAGAUGCGUCGCCUGAUGUGGGGACGCGCCUCCAUAUCGAGUCCCGUCAAGGUGACCAAACAGAAGCUCAAGGACCCAUACAACCUGCACACGGAAUCCGAUUUCACCAAUGCCAUGGACAUGCUCACCUUUGCCAGCAAUCCGGCCGCCAGUAAUGGUGUGCCCCUGCGCACAACAGCAACAGCAACAGCAACAAUUGUGGCUGCAGCCGUGCCGGAUCCGUUUCGUGAGCUGAUCCUGAUGUCCGAUCAGCGACCGGAUACGCAUGAUCCGCACUACUUUGCCGGGUUGCAGCAGCUGGCCAAUAAGGCGUUCGAUCUUGUCGAGCAGACGCUUAAGACGCAGCCGCAGCUGGCCAAAAAGAUGCCAGUGCCGGCAGUUGGAGCAACUGCAGCAGCACCUGCAGCUGCAGCUGGAGCCGCAGCAGCUCAGCCGGCACAGCCAACAACACCCGCUUUGCCCGUGCCCAUGGCCAGCAAUCUGACUAAUUUGUUUCAAGAUCCCAAGGAUAUCGUGGACCCCAAGAAACUGGAGGAGUUCAUGAACAUGCUUGCCGAGGUGGAGACGGAGGAGAGCGACAGCGGUGGUCCCAUCCUGGGCAAACUAUCGCUAGCCAAGCGCACGCACAACGCACUCUCCAAGGCGGACAUCAAGCGAUCGCCCAACUAUGAUGGCCAGUCCAACAUGUCAUCGGUCUGGGGCCAGCAAUUGCCGGAUCUGAACACGCUGGCGGUAGGUUAUACACCCAAAGCAGGAGCUGCUCACAUCGAGCCAUUGCAGGGCUUCAAUUUCGAAGAGACGGUGGCCGAGGAGGUGCUGACCAUUGAACAGGAAGCGGAUGUUGAGACCGAGGACGGCAAUGGCGGCGCGGAUAGCGAAGAUUUGCCCACAGCCGAACAGGUGCAUGCCACAAUGAAGCAGUUCCAUCUACGCAAAUGCCAGCCAGCCCAGGAUGAGGCAGCGCAUCGCGCCAAAAGCGCACGGAUUCGACGCAGAAACAAAGUCUCGCCCGAGGAGAGCGACGCGGAACUGGAAAGCAAACGCAAGGAGGCGUCGCGCAGGCGUUCCGCACAUGGCCGGAAAACGGAGUCGCCGCCCGAUCCGCUGGAACCGUGGAGCACGCGCGAACUGCAGGACAUUAACAAGAUUUUAGCCAAUAAGAAAUGAGCAACAUUAAUUUGAUUAUACAUUUUUUUUUUUUUUGAUUUUUUGUUUGUUUUGUUUUGUUUUUUUUUUGUAUUUCGUUGAAUUGCUUAAUUUAAUUACAAACAGAAAAGAAGACGAAGAAUAUUCCUCCAUGCGAGGAAAUCAGAGAGCCGUAAAGACAGGGAGAUGAGCUUGGUUGGCUAACGCCUGGAUAACUCCUUCAAUUGAGUUAUCUUGCAAUUUUGCUCCAUUAAAUACUAAUAUUUAACUAUACAAGUACAAUAUAUAUAUAUAUAUAUAUAUAAUAUAGCUAUAUAUUUAUAAAAUGUUUUAUUUGGGAGGGGGUGGAUUUUCUCUUGUUACGUAUUGUUAAAAUAGAAUGUGAAACCUGCAGCUCGGCGUGUUUGGAUCAGGUGCAAAGCCAGGAAAUGCCAAUUGAGCCGAUGCCAUUUAAAUCUUUAGAACUGUUUCUUUUUUUUUUUUUUGUUAAGGUAUAUACACACGUACAAACACACACACACACACACGCACACACACACAGACAGCUGUACAAAAAGGGUGUGAAACUUAAGAAUUUAGUUGGCAACUUGAAAUUGUAGCUAGAUACUUUCGUGUGCGAGUCGUUGGGCAAACCAAUUAAGUUCAAUUCGUUAUGAUAUGUACAUUAGGCAGGAAACAUUCGAAUUAUACAAAGAGUUUCCCUGCUAGGCCGCCUGCUUGGGCUGGUUUGGGUUUCACCUUGCUGCUGAACACUAAAUACAUAAUACAUAAUAAAAAUGUAUCCUCUAUUUAUACAAUUGCUUAACUAAUUGGUACUUAGGAGCUAGCUAAUUAAACACUCUCUCCGCUGCAUCUAAUAUACACGUGUAUAGGUUAGUA